CAUCGCCAGAUCACAACUGACAGACAAACAUAAAAAUCCCGGCUUCCUCCUCAGUUGAUCAUUCCCAGUAGAUGACUCACUUCACACUGUGGAGUAUAUAACACUCGGAAAUAAAGACAUACCACUCAACGCCUUCACAAAUUAAACACCAGUCCUUGAUACGCCUUAAGAAGUGGAGAGAGUUUCCACCAAACAGAAGUCACCAACUCAGCGAGGCUUGUAGCUGUGAUCUGCGGUUCACGGGUCCCACAUAGCCGACAACAGUACCAGGAAACCAUGGUGGUGUUCGGCGCUACAGCCCCCGUUGUGUUGCUUGGAUUCCUCGUUGCAGCAUCCAUGUCCCAGCCAGUGGACCAGCCCGAGGACCAGCCAGUGGACCAGCUCGUGGACUAUCCCGUGGACCAUCUCGAGGGCCAGCCGAGGUCCCGAGCCAAGCGUGACCUGUUCUCGCUGUCCGGGGUGAUCCGCUGCGUGACCGGGAAUAGCGCCCUGCUCAUGUACAACAACUACGGCUGCUUCUGCGGGAGGGGCGGCGGCAGGGGGCGGCCCGUGGACGAUAUCGACAGGUGCUGCGUGGCGCACGACCGGUGUUACGCCCUGCCCACCUGGUUCAACGCGCUGUUCGUCAUCUACCCGUACAGGUGUAUCGGCAGCAAGGUCACGUGCACUAGCCGUAACUGGCUGAGACGCAGCGUGUGUGAGUGUGACAAGGCGCUCGCCGAGUGCUUCGCCCGUUCCGUCUACAACAGACGCUUCAAAAAUUACCCGUACUGCGGAGCCUUGCAACCAGAGGACCCCGCGGUGGACACUGGGAAGGAACCCGCAGUGGACGCUGGGAAGGAAACCCCGGUGGAUGCUGGGAAGGAUGAGAAACCUUGGAUCGGGUCAGGGGAUGGCUAUGAUCGGUUCCUCAGUCAAAGGGUUAGAGUGGGAAAACGUGUAAUCAUUGGCCAGUGGCCGCUAUAAAAUGGAAGACGCUGGAAAGGAAAAUUCUAUUGAUGAUGUAAAGUUGCCGAUGAAGGUUAGACACCCAGGUAUUAAUAUACGCCAAAUAUCAGAUAUCAGAUCCAAAAUAGACUGACUUUCCAAAAUCAUAACGACUAUUUGGCAUGCAAAACUUGCGUCAGGAUCACUUGCAGGGCAGUGUAUGUUGCAGUUAUCAUAUUAACCGCAUGAUGCCGCUCCUUAACGUCCUCGCAGUAUACUUAGUCUAGAAUUCUAGACAAUCGUUCACAUCACAUUAUCAUAUAAUCAGGUCUAUCUAUGACUAAGGUCCCAAUUUCUAAUCCGUGGCUCAGCCGGGCAGCUUUCGGAAACGAAAAACAUGAUAUGAAAAGCAACAAAACACACAUAACUUCAGAAAAAUAGUCAGGAGCACAGUUUGUGUAUAUUUCAUGGUAGACAGUUUCAUUUUUCGUUUCCGCAAAUAUCCCCGCCGGACCCCGUUUCGGAAAUGGGACCUAUGCCAUGUCUACUCCCCAAGCAGAGGCUCGGAUCCAGCUGUUUUUUGUUUGCUUUAAUGCGUUUUUGUGGAGUUUUCAAUUUUGUCCUCCGUUAUGGACUCCGUCAAAAAACGCCUGACAAAAACGCCUAAAAGCGCGUCAAAAACAGUCGGAGCCGAACCUCUACAUGGUGAGUUAUCUUUGUCGUGUGUAUCUCUUGGACCGAUUGACGUAGACAUCAUGAGAACCUGCCUUCUCAGUAUCUAACAAGUCAUUGCUACUUAUAAUACCUUGCGAGGCAGGUAACUCCCAUAAUAUAGGUUUUUACCAUAGACGUAGACAUCAUCGCUGCCUGGUGUUCUAAUGUGUUAUUAUUGUACCAUAAAUGUUUGAGUAGAGAACAACAAAAGAAAUUUAUGUUCAGAUAAAAAAAUCCGAUGUGCAUGAAUGUGUGACACAUUGUUUAUUUCUUGUGAAUUGAUGUUAAACUUGCGUGUAAUAUCAGCUAUGAGUCAUCUUCCGCAACAAUACACAGGACAAAUGCAUUACUCCGAUCAAUAUGUUUUACGGUUCAAGGAUUCGUGCAAACAAUAGAUCUUAAGUUCACGGGAAAUUACCAUUAAUAUUGAUUAGUGUUGAUAGCAACAUUGACAAUAAACAA